CACGACUUUUCCCUUAGUUAAGCCUUUUCCUCGGCCCAGAUGCUCUUCAAUUCGGUGCUCCGUCAGCCCCAGUUUGGCGUCCCGAGAAAUGGAUGGUCUUCACAAUACCCUCUACAGUCCCUUCUAACUGGUUAUCAGUGCAAUUCUAAUGAUGAGCACACUUCUUAUGGAGAAACAGGAGUCCCAGUUCCUCCUUUUGGAUGCACCUUCUCUUCUGCUCCCAAUAUGAAGCAUAUACUAGCAGUUGCCAAUGAAGAAGGCUUCGUUAGGUUAUAUAACACAGAAUCACAAACCUAUAGAAAAAAGUGUGUCAAAGAAUGGAUGGCGCACUGGAAUGCUGUCUUUGACCUGGCCUGGGUCCCUGGUGAACUUAAACUUGUUACAGCAGCAGGUGAUCAAUCAGCCAAAUUUUGGGAUGUCAAAGCUGGUGAGCUGCUUGGAACAUGCAAAGGUCAUCAGUGUAGCCUCAAGUCAGUUGCCUUUUCUAAGUUUGAGAAAGCUGUCUUCUGUACAGGUGGAAGAGAUGGCAAUAUUAUGGUCUGGGACACCAGGUGCAACAAAAAAGAUGGAUUUUACAGGCAAGUGAAUCAAAUCAGUGGAGCUCAUAAUACCUUAGACAAGCAAACCCCUUCGAAGCCUAAGAAGAAACAAAAUUCGAAAGGACUUGCUCCUUCUGUGGAUUUCCAACAGAGUGUUACUGUGGUCCUCUUUCAAGAUGAGAAUACAUUAAUCUCAGCAGGAGCUGUGGAUGGGGUAAUCAAAAUAUGGGAUUUACGUAAGAAUUAUACUGCUUAUCGACAAGAACCUAUAGCAUCCAAGUCUUUCCUAUACCCAGGUAGCAGCACUCGAAAACUCGGAUACUCAAGUCUGAUUUUAGAUUCCACCGGCUCCACUUUAUUUGCUAACUGCACAGAUGACAACAUCUACAUGUUCAAUAUGACUGGAUUAAAGACUUCUCCAGUGGCUAUCUUCAAUGGACAUCAGAACUCUACCUUUUAUAUUAAAUCCAGUCUUAGUCCAGAUGACCAGUUUUUAGUCAGUGGCUCAAGUGAUGAAGCUGCCUACAUCUGGAAGGUCUCCACACCCUGGCAUCCUCCUACUGUGCUCCUCGGUCAUUCUCAAGAGGUCACUUCUGUGUGCUGGUGUCCAUCAGAUUUCACAAAGAUUGCUACCUGCUCUGAUGACAAUACACUGAAAAUCUGGCGCUUGAAUAGAGGCUUAGAGGAAAAACCAGGAGAUAAACUCUCUAUAGUGGGUUGGGCCUCUCAAAAGAAAAAAGAGGCAAGAGCUGACCUAGUAACAGUGACAAGUAGCCAGAGUACUCCUGCCAAAGCCCCCAGAGUAAAGAGCAGUCCAUCUAUUUCCUCCCCUUCCUCAGCGGCUUGUGCUCCAAGCUGUGCUGGAGACCUCCCUCUUCCUUCAAAUACUCCCACGUUCUCUAUUAAAACCUCUCCUGCCAAGGCCCGAUCUCCCAUCAGCAGAAGAGGCUCGGUCUCCUCUGUAUCUCCCAAGCCACCCUCAUCUUUCAAGAUGUCCAUUAGAAACUGGAUGACCCAAACACCUUCCUCAUCACCACCCAUCACUCCACCUGCAUCUGAGACCAAGAUCACAUCUCCAAGAAAAGCCCUUAUUCCUGUGAGCCUGAAAGCAUCCCAAGCAGUGGCUUGCUCUGAGUCUAGAAACAGAGUAAAGAGGAGGCUAGACUCAAGUUGUCUGGAGAAUGUGAAACAAAAGUGUGUGAAGAGUUGCAACUGUGUGACUGAGCUUGAUGACCCAGUUGAAAAGCUUCAUUUGGAUCUGUGCUGCCUGACCGGUAACCAGGAAGACCUUGGUAAGGACUCUUUAGGUCCUACCAAACCAAGCAAGAUUGAGGGAGCCAGUAUGAGUGUCUCAGAGCCUCCUUCUCCUGCCAGUCCUUAUGCUUCAGAAGGCUGUGGAACACUAGCUCUUCCUUUGGGAUCUUGUGGAGAAGGGUCUGAAGUGGUAGGCAAAGAGAAUAGCUCCCCAGAGAAUAAAAACUGGUUAUUGGCCAUGGCAGCCAAACGGAAGGCUGAGAAUUCAUCUCCACGAAGCCCCUCAUCCCAGACCCCCAAUUCCAGGAGACAGAGUGGAAAGACUUCUCCCGGCCCGGUCACUAUUACUCCCAGCUCCAUGAGGAAAAUUUGUACAUACUUCCAUAGAAAGUCCCAAGAUGACUACUGUAGUCCUGAACAGUCAACAGAAUUAUAGAUCCUAAUCUGAGUAAGUUAACUGAACUUUGGUCCAUUAAAACAAGAUAAAAAUACAACAGAGUGACUUAGUAACUCUAAUUUUCAUUUUUAGAGACAAUCUUUCAACUCUGAAAUUUACCAAGUCUGAUUCUACCACCAUAGUGGAUACGCAGCUUCCUCAGGAUGAAUGCUGUGUUUAAAUUUCUUAAAUUUGUCACUCUAACAUUUUGAAUAAGUAGUCUUCACUUUUCAAAUGAUGCAUCUUUUGUACAAUAAUGACAUCCUAGCUCACAGAGGCAAAAAACAAGACUUGUCUCUUAUUACUCUGAUACUUUCUAUACACAGUGUAAAGUAUCUGCUGACCACAGCAGGAGGCCUGUCUGUGAAGGCCAAGAAACCUUCUGCUAAAGACCCUUGGAUCUGUGCUGCCUCAGACAUUUAAUUUCAUUUUAAAAUAUAUAACCUUUUCACUAUACUUCUUUGAGGAGUUUUUAAGUACGUGUAAAAAUGCGAUGUUCAGAUAAGUACAUUUAUAUUGAUUCAGUGUGUGACUUGGUGAUACACUCUUAAGUUAAAAUUAUCUUUAUUUUAAAAGCAGUUAACUAUUUAGAGAAAGUAGAACAACACUAGAAACCCUUAAUUUUUUUUCCCCCAAAUAUAUCUCCCACAUGAGAUUUAAGUUCCCCAUAUUUUUGCUAAGCAAUCUAUUCUUUUACUAACUCAAUAUUAGGUUCUGUAAGGGGUUAUGAUUUUUUUUUUUUUUUUGCAAUUUAGAAGAGGAAGAUUUUUAUAAACUGAGUCAUACACUGAAGCAUGGAUUUGAAUUGAGUCCUCAGUUCUCCAGGGGCUGUAAAAUAAGUCAUCAGAUUUUAAGAAGUAGUAAUAAUUUCUUAUUGAUAUCUUAUAAAAGAUGAUAUAUCUGAACUGAAAAUCCAGAACCUAAAAAAUAAAUCUUGGCUUUAACUUGCUUUUUUGGAUUUUCUUCAUAUACAUAAAAAGCAAUGACUUUCUAGUACAGCCCAGAGUCAAAAAGUCAUGGGAUUUUCUCUAGACAUUUAAUGUAGAGUGUAUAGACUAUAUAAGUUAUAAUGGGCAAAAUAUCUUAAACAUCCCUUAAUCAACAGUUACGUAUCAGUCAUCUUGAGAUGAACUGUUGUUUUAUAUUUUCUCUCAUUGUAACCUCAUAGUUACAUGUAUUUCCUAUGUACCAUGUCCUUGGAAAGGAAUCCCCUUCCAGUCAUGAAACUGGAUUUGUUUUAUCCAUAUCCUUGAGGACUGUGUAGACUUUAUGCAUAUUUUUGUUGUAAUUUUAAAAUCUAGUCAUAAUGAUAUCUCUUUUAAUUCUUUUGAUUCUUAUAAAUUACGCUUGUAACAACCAGGACUGCGAAGGUCAAUUAAGCAUGGGUUCUCCUGGUUUUAUCCAAGGAGAAAAAUAAAGAGAAGCCAUAGAAUUGCUGUUUCAAAACAAAGCACACCAUAGCAUUAACUGAAUAUUUAGGAACUCUACGUAUAUUUGGUGUUCGAUAUUUGAGUGUUAGCUGUGGGAAGGUGUUAUUCAUGACCGAUACCUGCCAAUAAUGCUAUCUCUCUCUCGAUUUGAAAGCCAGUGGAGAAAAGAAUCCUUGAAAAUGAAAAAGAUAACUAAAAUAGAUGAUUUUGUUCUUUGUAUCCUUGCACAUCUCCUGAUACCUCUACUCAGUGAAACUGAGAGGUAAAUGUGGCUGUUAGAAGCUGCUGAGAAUCUAUUGGGUGUAACGUGUCCCACUUGGAAAACUAGUACUUCAAAUGGGUGCCAAAGGUCAAAUGUAAUGAGAUAAUAAUUAUCCCUGUUUGUGUCAGUGUCAGACUUUGAGCUGAUCCUGAAUAAUAAAGCCUUUUGCCUUAUCUGA